AUGAAGACUGCUCUCCUGAAGGUUGCUGCCAUCUUCAGCGCUUUGCUGCUCAGCACAAGUGCAUUGGGCAUCCCAGAUCCUGAAGAUGGCCACCGCGCGUCCAUCGUCCAAGCCAGCUCCAUGCUCAUCCGCAACGUCAACCGAACGUACUCGGUAGGAGACCAAACGUUCGUGUUGAACCCGGGGCCGGAGGUUUCCACCGAGUGGAUGCUGUACUUCGAGCACCUGGUAAAGCAGGCUACGGCUCUUACAGCGACAACCAACUUCAACGCGUCCAAGGUUCAGACUUUCCUGGAGGAACGGCUUCCGUUUGGGGAUGCGGAGGAUUUCCAUCAAGCGUACAAGGAUUUAGCCCACACUGGGAUGAUGCCAGCGCCGUUGGCACUCGACUCGAGUGACGAGAACUUCGGCGCCAUGCGGCUCAGCAUUCUCGGCAACAACUUGAAAUUGGUGCACGGCGGUGAGUACGCGGAGUAUCUGUGGGACAUCCCGUUUCCUCUGUUUCAAGACGUAUGCGGAGAGCCGACGUUGGCAAGUACUCUGAGCAACCACAAGCUCUUUGUCGCCGACCUGUCGGACUACGGCGAGCUCACCGACGAAGCUGCCAAGGACAGCAAGUACAUCCCCAAUACCAUCGGGUUUUUCUGCAACAACGUCAAGACGCGGCAGCUCCUCCCACUUGCGAUCACGCUUGUUAACUCAGAGCUGACGUAUACGAAGGCGGACUCACCGGGUGAGUGGCAACUUGCAAAGAUGGCAUUCCACGCCACGGAGGUCAAUUUCCAGCAGAUGCGGCACUUUGUCGAGACGCACCUGGUCUCGGUCCCCGUUCAAGUUGAAAUGAUGCGAAGUCUAGCGACUGAACACCCGAUCUACGCGUUGCUGGACUAUCACUUCUUCGCAGAUUUCGGAAUGGAGUACUUCGCCAGACGAGAGCUGCUAAGCCCCGGCACUCCGUACGACCAAGUCACGGGCUACGGCGCUACUGGAUCGUUACGAGCCGUGAUGCGCGAAUUCGAGACAACCUCCAUUGCGCUCGACCUCCCAACGGACUUGGCUGCCCGUGAGAUGGAAUUCUUACCCGAUUAUCGCCUCAAUCGCUACGGAACCAAGUACUACGAUGCGGUCAAGACGUUUGUAAGGAAGUACGUGCGAGCAUACUAUGCCGACGACGAGGCGAUUCGAGGUGAUUCCGAGCUACAGACGUGGGCUGAACGAAGCUCCUGUCUCGAGCACAUUCACGAUUUUCCUUCAUCGUUCUCUAACGCCGAUGAUUUGGUACGAGUCCUGACGCAUUUUAUCUUCCAGAACGCUAUCAAGCACCACUUCAUGAACGGCCUGGCGUCGUGGCACAGCAUCGCGCCUCCCUUCCACGCCCCAGCGCUCUACAACAAGCCUCUGCCGACCCAGAAAGGUGUGGAGGUCAACCCACUCGACUACGCCGUGCAGAGCGAGACUGUGCCCAAGAUGGCGUAUCUCUACUCGUGGUUCAGUAGGGAGGUGCCUGUAAACGCGUCGGCCUUGCAUUUCUACGAGGAGGAGCCCUUCGCGAGCGAGACAGUGCUGGCAGAGCCCAUUCGGCAGUUCCAGCAGAGCAUGAACGACAUGGAGCAGUUCGUGAACUUUGCCGAGGAGCAGGAAAUGUAUCCAAGCGACAUCUUUAGGCCUUCGUCGCUACCAUUUUACUCGUUUAUCUGA